UUAUCAUCCAUUAUUAACUAAGAAAUACCGUUUUCUGUGUGGUUGCCCCUACAAAAAUAAAAAAUUAGCUGCAGUCACAUACACACAGUCACUGCACCUACUAUUGUUCAUCUCAGAAGUGGCAACAUAGUGAAGAAGCACUUGCAUCGAAAGGAGGCAUUUUGACUCGCACCCAUUAUUCAUUCUUGGAUCCAUGAAUUUUGAUUGAAUCACGAAAUUCCCAAUGACCGGCGAUUUUCUCCGGACACCCCUCACUUUGAAGAUCGCCACUUUCUUCUUCAUCGCCGUCACAUUCUUCUACUUCGGCAAGCAUUGGUCCGAUGGCUACCAGCAACUCGUCUUCUUCACUCAGCGAUCCGACUCGGAUCCGAACUCCAACCCGGUCGUUUCCACGUCCCCGAAUUACGCCAAACCAUUCAACGUCUCCGCCCUAAUUGAGAACAACUCCCAACCAGGGCCGCCGGAAAAUGUUCCUCCGCCGCCGCCGGAGGAGGGGUCGAUCGAGAAACUGGGGGUGGUGAACGAGAAUGGCACGAUGUCCGAUGAGUUCGAGGUGGGGGAUUUCGAUCCGGGAAUGGUGGAACAGUGGGUGAACGAGACUCAGGUUGAUGAGAGCGAGGGUUCUUCUUCUUCUCCUUCUUCUACUUCUGAUUCUGAUGUGGGAUUUGGGAUCAAGAAGUUCGGGUUGUGCCCGCGCGAGAUGAGCGAGUAUAUACCGUGUUUGGACAACGAGGACGCGAUUCGGAAGCUUCCUUCGACGGAGAAAGGGGAGAGGUUCGAGCGGCAUUGCCCUGAGCAAGGUCGAGGGUUGAAUUGCUUGGUUCCUGCACCCAAUGGGUACCGUACCCCUAUUCCAUGGCCUAGAAGCCGAGAUGAGGUAUGGUACAAUAAUGUUCCUCAUACACGUCUUGUUGAAGAUAAGGGAGGCCAAAACUGGAUUUCUAGAGACAAGGAUAAGUUUAAAUUCCCGGGAGGUGGUACACAGUUUAUACAUGGGGCAAAUGAAUACUUGGACCAUAUUUCUAAGAUGAUUCCUGAUAUUACAUUUGGCAAGCAUAUAAGGGUGGUUCUUGAUGUUGGCUGUGGCGUUGCUAGUUUUGGUGCGUACUUACUGUCACGGAAUGUUGUCACCAUGUCUGUUGCUCCCAAGGAUGUUCAUGAAAAUCAGAUUCAGUUUGCUCUUGAGCGUGGCGUACCAGCAAUGGCAGCAGCAUUUGCUACUAGACGCUUGUUAUAUCCAAGUCAAGCUUUUGACUUGGUACAUUGUUCACGCUGUAGAAUUAAUUGGACUAGAGAUGAUGGGAUACUGCUGCUUGAAGUUAAUAGGAUGCUAAGAGCAGGAGGGUACUUUGUCUGGGCUGCCCAGCCGGUUUAUAAGCAUGAAGAAGUUUUAGAAGAACAAUGGGAAGAGAUGCUUAAUCUUACCACUCGACUCUGCUGGAAUUUUUUGAAAAAAGAUGGGUACAUUGCAGUAUGGCAGAAACCUUCUGACAAUAGUUGCUAUCUAGACCGUGAGGAAGGAACUAAACCUCCAAUGUGUGACCCAAGUGAUGACCCAGACAAUGUUUGGUAUGCUGAUCUAAAAGCAUGCAUCUCUGAAUUGCCUAAGAACAUGUAUGGAGCAAAUGUUACUGAAUGGCCUGCACGUUUGCAAAGCCCCCCUGAUAGGCUUCAAACCAUAAAGCUUGAUGCUUUCACAUCCAGAUCAGAGCUUUUUAGGGCAGAAUCAAAAUACUGGAAUGAAAUAAUAGCAAGCAAUGUUCGUGUUUUGCACUGGAAAAAAAUCAGAUUAAGAAAUGUUAUGGACAUGCGAGCAGGUUUUGGAGGAUUUGCAGCAGCAUUGAUUGAUCAGAAUCUUGACAGCUGGGUUAUGAAUGUGGUUCCUGUUAGUGGUCCAAACACCUUGCCUGUUAUAUAUGACCGUGGGUUAAUUGGAGUUAUGCAUGACUGGUGUGAGGCAUUUGACACCUACCCAAGAACCUAUGAUUUAUUGCAUGCUGCAAACCUACUUUCUGUUGAGAAAAAAAGAUGCAAUGUCUCAUCCAUUAUGCUUGAGAUGGAUCGGAUACUAAGACCUGGCGGACGUGUGUACAUCCGCGAUUCUCUUGAUAUCAUGGAUGAACUUCAAGAGAUUGCCAAGGCAAUAGGCUGGCACGUGAUGUUGCGAGACACAGAGGAGGGGCCUCAUGCAAGUUAUAGGGUAUUGGUUUGUGAUAAGCACUUGCUACUCUCUUAAAGCUAAAUGGGGUAUAUUGCAUGAUAUUUUCUACGACCCUGCAAGUGGAAGUCAUCAACAGAACAUGGCAAAAUCUGUCAUUUUAGAAGUGUAGGAAGAUGCAAGUGCAAGUACUACUAGGCAUUUGAGAAGUGCAGGAAGAUGCAAGAACACAUCCUUACAAACGUGUAGGAAGAUGGUCAGCAUUUAUUCAUCGAUACCACUAUUCAUGAGAUCCCUAAAGCUGGAUAGAUCAGGUGCAUCAUCUAACCUAUUUGUAAAAUUCAAUUUAUUUGUAUAUUCCAAAGCUCUCGUGGCUUAAAUAUUUUUGUUGUUCCCACGAAUAUAAGUACAUUCGGUGUUGAUCUUUAGAAAUUUUUUGGGUCA